UUCACAGAUUUCAAAGUGCAAGGAAGCUCUUUAGACCGAGUCAUUGUGGAUUUGACAUGGGCGCAUUCCCUUCAGAGUAUCUAUGUAAUGUUAUCGCGCGCACCUAAAUUGAGCCACAUAGCAAUUCUGAGAUGGUUUUCAUCUAGGACACUGAAUUCUGACUUACAAGGUGAUGCACGAGCAGAACUGAAGCGAUUGAAUAUUGUGGCGAGAGACACCCGGCAGAGAUAUCUUACAUGGGGGAAUCCAAAGGACAAAAGAGACAAUGCCAGUGAUUCUAUCUCUUCGGCCAAAGUCAAUUGUAUGUGA